CGGGGCUGAGCAGAACCCGUGAUUAAUUCACUCUUUUUACAUCCCGAGGGGUUCUCCCCAGCGGGGCUGGGGCUGCCCUGAAAAGGCACUUGGGGGCUGCAGCUGCUGGUUGUACUGACCAGGCAGCACAAAGUUCUUUAGGGCCACGUUUUUAGGUGUCUCUGCCAUUUACACCCUAGAGAAUAUGGGAAAGGAUGUUCUAUAGAGCAGUAAGAUUAUUCACCAUGUGAAUACUUAGUGGAGUAUUUGAUGUUUAGAGAUCUCCGUCAAAAAUCCAUGAAGCACCUUGUUGGAACACAGCAGGAUAUAAAAUGCUGGAGCUUUCUCAAGCCUGUGCCUGUCCUUGGUUUCCCUGGCCAGCUCCAGUGCUCUGCUCUGUGUUCUUUAAAGUGAAAAGUAACUCAAUAGCUUCUGAAAUCAAUGUUGUUUUAAUGAACUGAUUCAUUUUUAAGGAGUUCUGAGACCCGUUUAACAAAUGUACCUCAAGUUCAUGUUUUGUGUUUUCAGAGGAAGAAGAAUGUCCCAAAAACAGCUGAAAGAAGCCUUUAUCAGCAACCUAAACGGAACGAGUUUGCUGGAAAUUUCCGCAGGCUUGUCCCUGCCUCCGCUGUGCCUGCUCCUCAGAGGGCUCCUCCUGAUCCUGUACUACCUGCACCAUGGAAAACCUGUAAGCUCAAGGAAGUACAGCCUGCUGCUAGACUUCCUGGUGCUGGUGUCUCCUCUCCUGUUCUCCUGCACUGUCUUGUCUCCAAUCAUCUUUUUCAUACCAGUUAUCCUUGCUGCCUUCUGUGCCGGAAUAUUUUCCAAAAUAUACAGCCAGAGAAAACAGGAGGCCAGAGUGCCCUUUGGGCAAAUUGUAAAAGAAUUUCAGAAGGCAUACUUGGAUCCCGAGUGCAUUCCAGCAAUAACUGUGUUCCGUGUUUAUGUCAACGUGCUGACAUCCAUCAGCAUUUUGGCCGUGGAUUUCCCGCAGUAUCCCCGGCGAUACGCCAAGGCCGAGACCUAUGGCACCGGAGUCAUGGAUUUGGGGGUGGGAGCCUUUAUCUUUGGAAAUGCUCUUGUUUGCCCUGAGGUUCGACAGAAGUCUCACACGACACAGCCCAGAUUCUCCAGUCUGGCCAGGCAGGUGUUUGCUGUGUGGCCGCUGAUUUCCCUCGGCAUGGGGCGGCUGCUGAGUGUUAAAUCCAUCGAGUACCAUGAGCACACCUCGGAGUACGGGGUGCACUGGAACUUCUUCUUUACCUUGGCAUCAGUGAGACUCGCAGCAUCUCUGCUUUUGGCCAUAUUCCCCAAACAUAAGGCUUGGCUUGUGGCCCUAGCUCUGGCUGUGCUUUACCAGCUGCUCCUCAGCACUACCUCUCUGAAGACGUUCAUCCUGCACGGCAGCGACGGCAGGAACUCCCGGCUCGGCUUCCUCGAUGCCAACCGGGAAGGGCUGCUCUCCCUCUUUGGCUACCUGGCCAUCUACCUGGCGAGCGUGCAGGUGGGGCUGUGGCUGCUGCAGCGCAGGAGCUCGGUGAGGGGCUGGCUGCAAGCCCUGAAGGGGCUGGCUCUGGCCGUUCUGGUGCUGUCGGUGUUGCUGCAGCUGUGCCAGGCGUGCACGGAGCCCGUGUCCCGCCGCGUGGCCAACCUGCCCUUCUGCACCUGGGUGCUCGCCCACUGCCUGCUGCUGCUGGGCUUUUUCGUGCUCACUGACCUCGCCUUGGUGUUCACAAAGCUGCUGGUCGAGGGGUCCAGCGUGCCCUGCUGCUGGAAGGUUGUGCAGCCCCCUGAUUCCAGGAAAAAGGGAGUGGAGGCCGUGCAGGAGCAACUCUAGCAUGCCUCGUCUCCCAGCUGCAGUGGUGUUUCUUUUGAAGUCAGAUUCCAGGCAGUAUCCUAUUUCAAAGCCACACUGUCCCAGAGAACAGGUAUUUCUUCCAGGCAAAGAGGGCCAUGCAAAUGAACGCAGGAAGGGGCUGGCUGCCUUUCCACCGCCUUGGAGAUAACAAACAAGCCACGUGUUCCAGCGACUUAAAGGAACAUUAAAGAUCCAUGGAUAAAAAUUG